AUGACUAUCACAACCAAGGCAAUCAUUGCCUCAUUUGGAGGGAAGCUUCUUAAGCUUACUCACAAUGCCACGUCCACAAAGUGUGAGAUGGCGUUCAACCUAUACCUCCCACCACAAGCAGUUACAGACUCAAACUACAAGGCUCCUGUCCUCUUCUUUCUAUCCGGAUUGACUUGUACUCCAGAUAACUGUUCCGAGAAAGGGUUUCUUCAGAGUGCAGCCAGUAAAAAAGGAAUUGCUAUCGUAUAUCCAGACACCAGCCCACGUGGUUUAGGUAUAUCUGGUGAAGAUGAUGCGUAUGAUUUUGGGACCGGGGCUGGAUUUUACAUUGACGCCACCAAAUCUCCUUAUGACAACGGCUACAACAUGUACACCUACGUAACAGAAGAACUUCCCAAAGCUGUUUUUGGUGAGUUUCCACAACUUGAUUCUGGUCGUGUCAGCAUUACUGGGCACAGUAUGGGAGGGCAUGGAGCCUUGACUUUGUUUUUGAGAAACCCAGGGAAAUAUAAAUCAGUCUCGGCGUUUGCACCAAUUUCUAACCCAAUUAACUGCCCAUGGGGCCAAAAGGCUUUUGAGGGCUACUUUGGUGAUGAUAAGGCCAAGUGGAAGCAGCACGACGCUACCGAAUUAGUUAAGCAAUGGAAAGGGCCGCUGAGUAUUUUGAUUGAUGUGGGUACUGGUGAUAAUUUCUAUAAACAAGGGCAACUUUUGCCAGAAAACUUCCUUAAAGCUGCAAAGGAAGCUGGGGUUGAUUCUGAGAUUAAUGUGCGUUAUCAACCCGAUUAUGAUCAUAGUUAUUUUACCAUAGCUACGUUCGCAGACGACCAUAUUGAGCAUGCCGCUCGAUACCUCUUUGCUUAA